AUGGAACCGAGCCAGCGGGUAGUGGGCGGUCCUUCACCGGCUUCCCGCUGAUUGGCCGAGGCCAGGCAGCGCUUCCUUCCCUCGGUGAGCCCAUUGAAGGGUCGGCUAAUGUUGAAGCUGCUGUUAGUGCCUUACCAACGCUGCUCUUACCGCACAAUGGCAACACUUUCACAGACAAAGGAGCUCUUCCGGAGAGCAGAAGCCGUCUGUUUCGACGUGGACAGCACUGUCAUCAAAGAGGAAGGCAUAGAUGAACUGGCCAAAUUUUGUGGCGUGGGGGAUGCAGUCACUGAAAUGACUCGCAAAGCUAUGGGUGGCUCCAUGACGUUUAAAACAGCUUUGACUGAGCGUCUUUCCAUCAUCCGAUGUUCCCGGGAACAAGUGAACAAACUGAUAACAGACCACCCACCUCAGCUGACUCCAGGUAUCAGGGAGCUCGUGGAGCGUCUGCACGAGCGCAACAUAAAGGUGUUCCUCAUCUCAGGUGGCUUCCGCUGCAUCGUUGAACAUGUGGCCGCUCAGCUAAACAUUCCUCUGCAUCACGUCUAUGCCAACCGGCUCAAGUUCUACUUCAAUGGAGAGUAUGCUGGUUUUGAUGAGACUCAGCCCACAGCUGAGAGCGGUGGAAAAGGAAAGGUCAUCAGCAUGCUGAAGGAACAAUACGGCUUCAAGACUGUGGUGAUGAUCGGAGACGGAGCCACUGAUCUAGAGGCGUGUCCUCCUGCUAGUGCUUUCAUUGGAUUUGGAGGGAACGUCGUCAGGCAGCAGGUUAAGGAGAGGUCUUUGUGGUAUGUGACAAGUUUCGGGGAGCUGCUAAAGGAGCUGGAGAAGAUUUAAAGAUGCUAAACGAGUACUGUUACUAAUUUUAUAUUUGCACCUAAGGGUGUGUCACUUGAUGUUUUAUCCAGUGCACAAGUUUCCUUCAGACUCUUAAUAGAUUUUUAUUAUGAAUGAAGAUGUUUACAAUAGUGAGACCAAUCUUACCUUCAUGGGGAUUUUUCCCCCAUUUUAUACUAGAAUACACUAAACCAUUAACCAAACACUGUCUAUGUGGAGGUUACGAGGAUGAUCUUAGAUGUUUUUGCACUUUGUGCAUCAAGACCUUUAGGUAAGCUAAUAAAACUGAAUAUUAUGGCAUGUGCAAUGAGUGCUAAAAGUGUUUUUAAUUCUGUACGGAUACUGAGCUGUAAACAGACGAGUGUGGUGACUUCAGUCCUGUAAAGAAUACCAGCAUUAAACAUACGAACAUGUUGUCAAAGA